UCAACUCUACCCAUCUCAGCAAAGCAAAGCUUCCAUAGCUCAAGGCUGAGAACAGAGAUUGAGAAUCAAUGUCAAGUGAUAACAAAGAGAAACCAAAGACAAUCCAGCUUUUCUGCCCUUCGGUAUCCAAGCUAAUCCGGUUCGUGGCAUGGGAUAGCCAGAAACUGGACAUUGGGUCCAUAUCUCGAAUGUUCGGGCUAGACCCAUUAACGGUUAAGCUCAAUGGCCACUUUAUAAGCCGAGGGGUUGAUCUUGUUUCUUCUUCUGUUACGUGGAGGUCGUUGCUUUCUUUCUUCUCUUCUAAAGGCUUGUGUAUUGGGACUGAUGGUCAUAAGGGCGCUCUCAUAGUCGAUGGCAAGCUUUGCAAAGUUGGGAGCAAGAGAGCACAUGAGCCUCAAGAUUGUGUUAGCUGGAGUCGAGAUUCAGCUGGAAAGCCUGGAAUAAACGAUGUCGGACUUACUGCAAAGCUACAACGUAAAGAUAUUUACUUGUUUGAGAACAAAAAGUUAAGGGAAAGCAGCUUAACAGGAUCCCAUGAUGGAGGUGAUCGUUCAGUUUCCGAAAUCAAUAUUGGGGUUGGCCUCAAAAGACAGUGUUCGAUAGACCAUGCAAGCUUGCUCAAGAAAUUAAAGAUUAAUCACACAAACUCAGAUAUUAAAGGCAACAGUAAAGCUAGCAAUGUUUCGAGCACACCUUUUAAGUGCAGUUAUUUGAGGGGCCCUAUGAAGAGGAGGAGGGAAGAUGAAGUGAUUGUAGGUGUACCUUGCAAGAGGAUCAGUUCUGGUUGAUUCCCGAGCCUAAUGCACCAAAUGGCAAACAUUGUAGAUGAGAGUUUUUUAAGUUUUAAGGAUGUAAAUAGUGGUUCGACUGAAUUCAUGUUUCUUGUAGUGAAGACACACACAAAAAGUAAAAAUAAAAAAUAAAAAGAAGAGAGCUUGCCAUAA